UAUGUGAGAGAGAGAGCGAGGGAGAGAGACAGAGACAGAGACAGAGACAGAGAGAGAGAGAGAGAGAGAGAGAGAGAGAGAGAGAGAGAGAGAGAGAGAGAGAGAUCGCAGAUUGUCGUCUUCGCAUCGCUAUUGCUUCCUCCGCCCUUAGCGCACGCCUCUCACGCCCAGAUCAGAGAUGCUCGUACCUGGCGCAGGGCGAAGAACCCCCAGCAUCAGCACCCGUUCCCGCGCAUCUCCAUGACAGCAGAACCUCCAGCAUGGUGCAGAAAUCCCGCAACGGCGGGGUGUAUCCCGGCCCGCAAGCCGAGAAGAAGCUGAAGGUGGGAUUCGUGGGGCUGGAGGCGGGCGCGACGGAGUCGAAUCGAGACGGCGCGCUGCUCAUCGCGGGAGCCGAGGAAGCGAAGCGCGGCAGCAUCUUGAGCAAGCAGCGCUCCAGCAUCUCGGGCAAGAGGCCGCCGAAACGCAACGCUUUCUACCGACGCCUGCAGAAUUUCCUUUACAAUGUGCUGGAGAGACCUCGGGGAUGGGCGUUCAUCUAUCACGCUUAUGUCUUUCUGCUGGUCUUCUCGUGUCUGGUCCUGUCUGUCUUCUCCACCAUCAGAGAAUAUGAGAAGAGUUCAGAAGAUGCCCUCUACAUACUGGAAAUUGUAACCAUUGUGGUUUUUGGAGUGGAAUACAUCGUGAGGAUCUGGUCUGCGGGAUGUUGCUGUCGAUACAGAGGAUGGAGAGGGAGACUCAAAUUCGCCCGGAAACCUUUCUGUGUUAUCGACAUCAUGGUGCUGAUCGCGUCUAUCUCAGUGUUGGCUGCUGGAACGCAGGGGAAUGUGUUUGCCACCUCCGCCAUCAGGAGUCUCCGGUUCCUCCAGAUUCUCCGGAUGAUCCGUAUGGAUCGACGUGGAGGAACAUGGAAACUCUUGGGAUCUGUGGUCUAUGCUCACAGCAAGGAACUCAUCACUGCCUGGUACAUUGGUUUUCUGUGUCUGAUCCUGGCAUCAUUCCUGGUGUAUCUCGCUGAGAAAGAAGACAAUGUGAUGUUUGAAACAUACGCUGAUGCUCUCUGGUGGGGUCUGAUCACUCUGACCACGAUCGGAUACGGCGAUAAAUAUCCCAUAACCUGGAACGGACGGCUUCUCGCGGCGACCUUCACCCUGAUCGGCGUGUCCUUUUUCGCUCUGCCCGCUGGGAUCUUGGGUUCUGGCUUUGCCUUGAAAGUCCAGGAACAGCAUCGGCAGAAACAUUUCGAGAAACGCAGAAAUCCGGCUGCUGGCCUCAUUCAGGCUGCCUGGAGGUUUUAUGCGACCAACCUGAAUCGCACAGAUCUCUACUCGACGUGGGAUUAUUACGAGAGAACGGUAUCCGUACCCAUGUACAGACUCAUUCCUCCUCUGAACCAGCUCGACCUGCUGAGAAACCUGAAGAGCAAAUCUGGACUUUCCUUCAGGAAAGAUGCUCAACCUGAACCGUCUCCCAGUCAGAAAGUGAGUCUGAAAGAGCGCGUGUUCUCCAGCCCGAGAAACUCGGCUAAUAAAGGGAAGAAUUCUCCUCAGGGUCAGCAGCCCGUGCGUCGCUCGCCCAGCGCAGACAACAGCAUUGAGGACAGUCCCUCUAAAGUACCCAAGAGUCUCAGCUUCUGUGACCGCAGUCGUGCCAGACAAGCCUUCCGCUUUAAAGGGGCGGCGUCACGCCAGAACUCGGAAGUGCUCAUUGAGAUGCAAGAGGAAGAUUUGAGACACAGGAACUCCCCAGAAGCCAGUCUUCCUGGAGAGGAUAUUGUUGAUGACAAUAAAAGCUGCCAUUGUGAGUUUGUCCCUCAAGAUUUAACGCCGGGACUCAAGGUCACCAUCAGAGCCGUGUGCAUUAUGAAGUUCAUGGUGUCCAAGCGAAAGUUUAAAGAGAGUUUGCGGCCGUAUGAUGUUAUGGAUGUUAUAGAGCAGUACUCUGCCGGUCAUCUUGACAUGCUGGCUAGGAUUAAAAACCUUCAGUCCAGAGUGGAUCAGAUUAUCGGUCGAGGUGCUCCGAUAACAGAUAAAGACCGUCCUAAAGGUACCACCGAAACAGAACUGCCCGAAGACCCAAGCAUGAUGGGAAGACUCGGAAAGGUGGAGAAACAGGUGAUGUCUAUGGAGAGAAAACUGGAUUUCCUGGUUAACAUCUACAUCCAGCGGAUGGGAAUUCCACAGUCUGAGACGGACGCUUACUUUGCUUCUAAAGAGCCCGACCCGGCGCCUCCGUACCACAGCCCGGUGGACCACAUGGAGAAGAGCGGCUCCAUCACCAAGAUCAUCCGUUCCAACAGCUCCGCCGGCCCAAAGAUCUUCGACCCGCCCCCCUCCACCUGCAUCAACCACCACUGUCCGCCGUCAACAUCCUGGCACGCACAGACCCUCCCGAAACCCAGCCAAAGGAGAAGCCAGGGCACCUCCCCCGCGGGCGACCCAUCUCUAGUGCGUAUCCCGCCACCCCCGGCCCACGAGCGCUCCUCUGGUGCGCACCACGGCAGUUCUCGAGGUCAUUCACGGGGGAGGGGCCGCGGAGUGGAAGACGGACACCCGUUGGCUCUUUCGCAGGAGCAGCCUGGUGAGGAGAGUGACACCUCCAUAUCCAUCCCCUCGGUGGACCACGAGGAACUAGAACGCUCCUUCAGUGGCUUCUCCAUCUCUCAGUCCAAGGAGAACAUAGAGUUUCUCAACAACGCCUACUUCAGCGGCGUAUCGCGCUGCACUAAAGUGAGGCCCUACAUCGCUGAGGGAGAGUCGGACACGGACUCUGACCUGUGUGCUCCGUCGCCUCAUUCUGCCACCGGCGAUGGUGCCUACGGAGACAGAGGAUGGUCUGUUCCCAAGUAAGCUUGGUAGAAAUGUCAUAAAGCAGGAUUCAAUCCAACAAGAGCAGCGUCUGGAGCAAUGGACACGCUAGGAAGCCAUGUGAGUGGUCAUGCGUGUUUAAGAAGCAGCGUUAAAUCUCACACAGCCACCAAAGUCUGAGAAUGUCUGCUACUGAAGUCUGGACAGGAGUGACUCGAGAACUGAGAAACACUUGCUUUAUUCAUCCGUUCAUAGAGCGACGGAAUGUGACGUGAGGAGGAAGGAAAUAACGUCUUUACCAUUUCAUACGUGGUGCAUUUUCAUCUUUACAAACAUGUUAACUCUCAAGGAUUUACAUAUUGUCGAUGUUUGUCAUGUUUGCUAAAAGAACAGUCACCAAAAAAUCUAUGUUCAGUCACUGUUCACUCGCUCAAUACACGGUUAUAGUCACAACAAACUAAGUUAUGAGGUUCGGAUUUUUAUUUUCCGUUUUUUUUUAAAUAAUACGAGUAAGUAAACAACGACAGAAUUUGAUUUGAGGUGAACUGUUUCUUUAAGACACGUCGCUGUAGUUUCACGUCGCUGUAGUUUCACGUCGUCCAUGUUCGCUUCUGAAUGUACUUCACGACAGCUUGUGAAUUUUUAAAGGUGUAACUUCUUUAAGCCAGGUCAAUCAACGACUAUCACAAUAUUCCUUCAUUACACUCACGUCAAAGGGUUACGAAGUUUGUACAAAAUAUAAACACUUUCUCUCAAGUUUACACUUUUUGAAUACACCCUGGAUUAAUAAUCUGCAUGGUCAAUUAAAAAUACGUAGAAGAAAUGUAUAUUUCCUACCGCAAAUUAACGGCUUUGUUAACGGUUUUUUUGUUUUUCUUUUCCUAAAGACAAUAAACUUCCAACGCAAUUUCUAUAAAGGACAAAAAUGUACAUAGAAACUAUUUCCGUAACGACAAAAUUUCAUUUAAAAGUGAAAUGUGUCUACGAUCAUUCUUAUAGAUGUAUAAGCAUCUUAUUGUCACUUGCGAUGUCAUGCGUCAUCUUCAAACAUUGUGAAGGCAAGUUGUAAGAUAAAGUUAAAUAUCUUAAACUCGGUGUGUCUUUUGAAAUCAAUGUAGUCACUCAACACACAACACUGUGUCUUUUUGCCUCAUGAGUCUCGUUCUAAUGUAAUUGGUGUUCGGUUGCCUUUAUUGCUUGUUUAUCGGUUGAAAUCAUACUGAAGUAUCGUUCAAAAUGACUGUACGACUGUACAGUCUGCUGUCACGCUGUCCAACUACAAAAUUUGCAUCUUUUUACAAAUAUCAGCGAUCACACAGACGGCACCUGUCCAUCUCCAAAGGUGAUUGUGUAGUUUUGCACCAUUGUGUCUUCCAUACGGCCUACGUUUCAAUAUUCACAGCCGUUUCUUUCUCUCACAAACCCUUUAUGCUGUUUUAAAGCUUCACACUUGAAUAUUCUGGAUCACGUUUAAGCACAACCUCAACAAAACAAGUUUCAUUUUAUUUAUGCGAAAUUAUGAUUUCGUUCUUUUGAUGAAAUUGGGACGCAAAUGUGGUUAAAGCAGCAGAAUUACUUGAAUUCAAACUAUAUGAUUUACAUCAACUCAGAAAACUUUAGUAAAAGCAACUUGAUACAAAAUCAUGUGUAAACAGAUCUGAUUAGAAAUGAAUGAUUGUUUUAUUUGAAUUUUUAAAGGUCCAGUGUGUACUUUUUUGGAGGAUCUAUUGACACAAAUGCAAUAUAAUUCACAUAACUACGUGUUCAGAGGUGUAUAAAGACAUAUGUUUUUAUUACCUUAGAAUCUACAUACAGCGCGGGUCCCAUCGCAUGGAAUUCACCCUGUUGAAAAUACGUUUAUGUCUUUCGGCAAAGAAGCGAAAACGUGAUGACAUCUUUGUACUGAGAGAGCCACCUUGGUGCUUCGAAAAGGAGAGGAAAGGCGUGGAUUGAGUGUCAAUUUGCAACCUCACCACUAGAUGCCGCUAAAUUUCAUACACUGGACCUUUAAGAAUUCUAAACAAAAGUGUCCAAAUUUACCAUAUUACUGCCAUCACAAUACAGAAAUAUAUGGAUUGAGUUCGCCGCACAUUUACAGUCAGUGAUGUCUGUAAUAGUGUUUGAAUGUUUUCAUAGCUGCCUUGCCUGGUUUUACAUUGUUUUUCCCAAAGGUUUUUUUGUAUUUUGCUAAAUUGCUUUUGAUAUGUUUUGUAAUGCUGUCACCGUUUUGUUUUUAUUUUUCAGUUAUGUAUAAAUGUUUUGAUAUUCUUUGUGAAUAUACUCAAUGUGAAUGUAUUCUAAAAUGCUGUCAUUGGGGCCUACAUUGUUUUCACUGUGCAGACUCACGACAUUCAUGUUAUAUCAGUUUACAUUUUUACAUGCGAAACAAAACACUAAAGCAAGUCUUUAUUUUGAUUUUUUCAGCCCUUCGAAAUGACCAGCAGGUAACCAGCAAAACUCUCAUGAUAGUCCAGCAUAAACCAAACUGGGCCGGCAUGGAAAUUCUGACGUUUUUCACAAUAUAAAAAUUGUUUAAAGCAAAAAAGUUCAUUAAAAAUGAACAAAAAUGGUGCAGAUUUCAUGGGGAAUGUCAGCUGGAUGUCAUUCAAUACGUAAAGAUAAGCACAAAGUAAUCUGCAAUUUUAUGUUUCAAACAGAGAUGGCGACAGAGAGGCAAAGAUUACAGAUUGCAUUUUUAGAGUUAUCAGAAUUAUCACGAUGGACCAAAACAUUUUUUUAAACUUAAAAAUGAAUUUGAAGAGUAAAUCUUAGCAUAGCACGUCUCAGAAACCAAGGUGUCCAUGUUUGUUCUCUCCAGAAAGACGCACGAAUCAAGAAUUUACAGUAAGCAGAACGUCACGGCCCGCUCACGUUACGAAUGCGGCAUGCCUUAAAUGAUCCCCUUUUGUGUUUAGAAACACUUACGUGAUUCACGUCGACAAAAGUUGUGUUUUCCAACAGCUCGGCUCUCAGCGAACCUACGCCAUACUUUCAUCAGAGCCAUCACAGCACUCCAUAACUGCUGUUUCUCACAAAUGAUAAGCUCUGUUGUCUUUUUCUUUUCACGAAAAGUAAAUGCUUGCUGGCAUGUUCUCAGCCGCUGAAUGCCAUAUAUAUGUAUAAAUAUAUAUAGCUUUUGAUUAUUAUGUAGCAUAUCCGUUGUGUAGUCUCUCAAAUCCGUGAACUCAUGGGACGUGUACAAUAAACUUUGUAUAUCAGAAUGUUCAGCUACAGCUGUGUCCUCAUUCUGUUAUCACAGUUUCUCCUUCACUGUCAUGAAAUACUAUCUCGCAGCACUAACGUAGAAUCAAUCCAAAUGUAUUUGUCUAACACUUUUCACAAUACAAAUAAAUCGUUGCAAAGCAGCUUUACACAAAGAACGAUGCCAUACGAAACAAAAUACGAACCUGAUGAUUCCAUUCAUGACGAUAUGAUCUGUUAACAAUAUAACUAGAGAAUAUCAGACUGAAAGAAUCAGAUUCACUUGAAAUGAAUGAAUCUAGUUAUUUUUUCCGCAUUCACAUCAUCACAAACUGUACAUUUUGUGAAGUCUGAGUCCAUGUUUCAUUCUCAUUUUUGAAACCUGAAAUUAAAUAUCAGAAAAUUAUAACAGUGUAAUGUUUACUCUACUAUGGCAUUGAAAUAUGGUCUGGUCAAACCUUUGUUUGAGGUUUACAAUAUUUUUAAUAUACUUCAAUCUGUCUUCUCUAUAAAGCUUAUAUUACGCAAAUAUUUUCUGUUGGAUAUUAAGUAUGCAAAUAUAAAAAAGUGAUGGAUUCACUUGGCAUCAGAAGUGAACCGAACCAAAGUGCCCUCACAUUGGCUGUAGGCCUACUGCAAUUGCAGGAGCCUGAAAACAAAAUAAAACUGUGAUAUCAAGAUC